GAAAUAGUGAAACGAAGGCAGCGCUGAAAUCAUUAUGGCACGCACGGAAAAGAUACAGUAUAGGCAGUAUAGCUAAUGCAUUAAUGAUAUUUUGAUAUAAUCAUUGGAACGUCGUAUUUAGGCUACUGUAUAGAAUAAAAUUAGUGGAGCAAAUGUAGUUUUACAAGAUYUCAAUUUAUCUAGGAAUUCUCAUAUGUGAGUUGUUCUUAUUAUUUAGYUGUCGUGACCGGAAAGGCAUCAUAGUUGAUGUAAAGGUCAAGCGAAAAGGAAAAGAGAAGGAUAGGCUAGUGCUUAUACCGAUUCUAAGGUAUUUGGUGUUGAUGGGGACGGUUCACGGGGCAUCAGGAAACGACGGACAGAAAUCAGCUGCAUAUCCUCCACAAAUAUAUACAUGUUUGUUUCGUGCAAGCUACUACCGAUGACCGCAUGGACGGAAAAAAGGACAUCAUCAAUGCCGGAAUUCCUUCUUCUUUGUUCCGUUGAACAUUGUUGAGUCAUGAAUUUUUUGUGGCAUGUCAAAGACUAUGAACUGCUGGUUUGGUUUCAGUGGCGAAAAACUGUUAKAUAAAAUGUCGAAGCGGRCGGAAAAAUUGUGCUAAAGAGGGAUCAAAACUAAAGCGGCGUUAGAAGACCUGGACGGGGUUAAUCUCAUCACAUUAUUUAAAAGUGAUAUCAUAGCAACCGGCGCUGAGCUCAGUUUGUCAUUCUGAUUGUGAUGUGAUCGACAUGAUCUUUGAAACUGAAGACCAUAUAAGAUGCUUAAACUCUAUAAACUUGUAUCCAGUGGUAAUGAAAUCAGUUUUUUUCUCCUUAAAAAUGAACAAUAACUCCCUAACAUUAAUUGGAAGAAAAACCGAGUGCAAUAGUAAUUGCCAAGUCCUCUUUCUAUAUUUCAUACUGGUUAGAUGAAAAAAGGAUUGUCAGAAAAGGUAUGACAGUCAGUCAGAUCAAACCGUUUGCUAAGUUCAUUAUAAACAUAGUCUUCUAAGAAGAGUCAAUGAAGAAAGAAGCUAUGUCGGUAUAAUACAUCCCUGAGUCUGUGCCCUUCAUCUAAUUGUUAGCAGCAAAGCGUUUCCUGGUGUUUGUUAGUUGCUCGGUUGUCUCGAGGUUGUUCCAGAAAAUGCUUGACUAUCAUCAUGACGUCAUAGGUGUUAACAAAACCCACACAAAAGAUUUGAUURUCAGUACUUCCCAAGGGAGYAGUCUUACCAGAUAUCGCUAAUAAAAGCAAAACACAAGCAAACAUGUACUAUAGCGACCGUUAAGUGAUCUGUGAAAUUUUUUAACCUUUAGUUUUUAGUUCCGGUAUUCAAUCAGUUCGUAUCAAAUAACAAGUGAUCACGAGGACUAUCGGAGUACAGGUGUUUAUUUAAACUCGCCUGGACCUACGCAUUUAAACCAGUUGAGCAACAAACAACAGCACAAGACACGUUUCACAAAAUGGACGAACURUUUCGAACCGUCCCUGAACAAGCCAUUCCUGUCGAAGCAAAAAUAACUGGCGAGGUCCCUAAAUGGAUCAAAGGGUGCUUGCUUCGUAAUGGUCCAGCCAUGUAUGAAGUCGGUAAACAUGCAUACAAUCACUGGUUCGAUGGUCUUGGCAUGUUACACUGUUAUAAUAUCGAAGAUGGCAAAGUUACCUACACUAGUCGUUACCUUCGCAGUCAAGCGUAUUCAAGGGCUCAAGAGAAAAGAGGAAUUGCCGUGGCAGAAUUUGGCACUCCUGUCCCGCCUGAUCCAUGUAAAAAUAUUUUCGCGAGGUUUUUUUCUCUGUUUGUGCCUCCAGAAAGAACAGAUAACUGCUCAGUGAGUAUCAUGARCCUUAAUGGACAGCUGUAUGCUGGCAGCGAUUCUCCCUUUGUCAUUGGAUUCGACCCAUAUACACUGGCGACAAAACAGUCUUACAACAUGAGAAAAGACUCUAUCGUACCGAUGCGUCUAUUUUCGCUGACCCCUCACCCRCAUCAAGAUGCAAACGGAACGAUUUUGAACGUCGCUGURUCGUUAAAUAAAGGAACAAAAUACCACUUCCUAGAGACCCCCAGYGAACCAACACCACCAGGCAAAGAAGAGCAGCACCCUCUCAAAGGCACCAAUGUUGUCGCCACAUUUGAACCCAAAAAUAAACUCUGUUAUUAUCACAGCUUUGCGAUGACACCCAAGUACUUCGUCUUCAUCGAGAACCCGUUCGUGGUUGACGUGUGGCGAUUACUGACAAUGAAAAUUCAAGGUCGCUCAUUUCACGACUGCAUGAAAUGGGAUGAAAAGCAACCAUCACGAUUCUAUCUGAUCGAACGAGAGACAGGGAAAUGCAUUGCACGAUACACAGCCGAGAGUUUCUUUUCCUUUCAUCAUGUCAAUGCUUAUGAAAGUGAAGACAGCGUGUUUGUGGAUGUUUGUUGCUACCCGGAUGCUAGUAUUGUUUAUGAAUAUUACCUGUCCAACUUACGCGGCAAACCAGAACACGAGGUCGCUAAAGGGUUCCCAGAAGGAGCAUUGAGGAGGUACACAGUACCUAUCCCAUCAACCGUCAGUAAAAAGCCAACAUUUGUUGCCMUACCAACCUACUCGGAUGGCAAGGACUAUAAACAAUUAAAGUACGGCCUCGAACUGCCAGCGAUCAAUUAUCGAUUUGCUAACGGUCAACCGUACCGGUUUGUCUACGGACUGCAACAAAAGCACUCGGGAGACUUCUUGAAUCAAAUCGUCAAGUUCGAUGUCCUAGCAAAGGAUUCCAAGAUCUGGUAUUCCCGGCAUUGUUUCCCUUCCGAACCAGUCUUCGUACCAGCGCUCGGRGGAAGCGAAGAAGACGACGGUGUCAUCUUAUCAGCGGUUGUUGGCACAAGAGGUAAAAAGUCAUUCCUGUUGAUCCUGGACGCCAAGACGUUUGAYGAAGUGACAAGAGCUGUUAUCGACUGUCCAGUUACACACAGUCUACAUGGAAUGUUUCAUCACAAGUCACCAAUUACACCUGGCUCGGUUAAGAGGGCGUGGCCCGAGGCCUAGAUAUUGGAUUUUACCAUUUURUUUGUGGAAUGAUGAAUGGUAAAAAGAAGCAGUAUAUAUCAAUCAAGCCCAGAGUUAAAGAAAUUCGGUUGCUUUUCCAGUGAACCAAAAACAUUUGUCUCAAGAAAAAGGAAAUACAGUAAAAACAGAGAAUAAUCUKAAAAGUUAUAGUCCAUCAGUCAUAUAUGAAGAAAAUGUAUCCAUGUUUACUUGAAUAUAUCAAGUUGUAAAAAAGGUGUGACAUUGGAAAAGGUACAAGGRAUGUAAGUUUUCCUGGUACUAUAAAACACAGCAACAAAUUCGACUGAAAAAAGAGAUUUUUUUGUACAUCGAGGAUCAAAAUUGAUUUGUAGACCAGCCAAGGUAGCAGCAYAAAAUGGACAGCCUGCCGUUAUCAAUGUUAUUGUAAUUAGUUAUUUAUUGAACUCGAUGAUGAUUUAUUCGAUAAAAAUAAAUAUAUCCAAAA